AUGCCAAUGCUACCCAGGCUGACGCCCCAGCUGUUACUCCCAAUCCCACCACUACUGCUGUUGCUGCAGCAACCAUCAAUACUACUGCAGCAACUUCCACUGCCCUCUGACGCCCUCAACGAGAGCGUCAGCGUCCUCGAAGAUAUCAAGACGACAGGCAACGGUGCCCUCAAUUCUACUCCAAUCAAUCCCUUGGCCACCACUCCACCUAAUCCCUUGGCCACCGCCCCAACUAAUUCCUUGGCCACCGCCCCAACCAAUCCCUUGGCCACAACCUUAGUCAAUCCCUUUGCUACGACUCCAUCGAAUCCUUUGGCCACCCAUGAUGGGAAAAGAAAACAAAAGGGGGUGGCAGUUGUCGACAUCCCUCACUUCUAUAGGACAGAGGCAUCACUUAAACAUACCUGUAUCCCCUGCGAGUAA